AUGGAUGACGGUACUAUUAAAAUUCAAUCUGGAAUUAACAUCAACAUUAAACGCACAGAUGGUCGGAUACACUCCGCAGUCGUCUCCGGUGUCAACUUGGAGGCGCGCUCGGUGACGGUGGAAUGGUACGAAAGGGGGGAGACCAAGGGCAAGGAAGUGGAGAUAGAUGCCAUCCUUGCCCUGAAUCCGGAGCUCUCCGUCGGCCCCAGGAAUCCGCCACACCUGCAACCGAUGCCUAACAAAUUAGCCCGGGAUAUGACGCGCCAAUCGAUCCCGGUGGCCACAAAGGCGCCAACGAGAGUCACACGAAACAAUCAGGUGCGAGGGACAAAUAUGGGGGCGUACACCAACGGCCACGGUGGUGACACCACUGGUCGCCGAGGUGCCGAAAACGUACCACCCCCGGUGCAGGCAACUACCCAGCCCACGCCAAACUCCAGGCUGACACAGCAGUUUAAUCCGCCGCCGCCGGUGUCGUCGGCUCGGCCAGCAGCGGUGUCGAGCACGGUUUCGGUACCACAUACGGUUGCCUCGGGUGCCGUGAGGCGGUCCAACGUCGUCAAGGAGGUAGAGAGGCUUAAAGAGAAUAGGGAGAAACGGCGACAGAGGCAGGCGGAACUUAAGGAGGAGAAGGAAGCCCUAAUGAACAUGGACCCUGGCAAUCCAAAUUGGGAAUUCCUAGCUAUGAUCCGCGAGUACCAGAGCAGCAUCGAAUUCAGGCCGUUGCUAGGUAACGAGCCCGUGGAGGACCACCAGAUCACCGUUUGCGUGAGGAAGAGGCCGCUCAACAAGAAGGAGAUUAAUAAGAAAGAGGUGGACGUCAUCAGUGUGCCCACAAAGGACCAAAUGAUAGUCCACGAGCCGAAGAACAAAGUGGAUCUGACCAAGUAUCUCGAGAACCAAAAGUUCCGCUUCGACUACGCGUUUGACGAUUCUUGCACUAAUGAAGUUGUGUACAAAUACACAGCUAAACCGCUAGUGCAGACAAUAUUUGACGGUGGCAUGGCGACGUGCUUUGCUUAUGGGCAGACAGGAUCCGGAAAAACGCACACCAUGGGUGGGGACUUUCAGGGUAAACAGCAAGACUGCAAGAAGGGCAUAUACGCGAUGGCGGCGCGCGACGUGUUCACAUAUCUUAAGUCGCCGAAGUACAAGCCGCUUAAUCUCAUCGUAUCUGCGUCCUUCUUCGAGAUUUACUCCGGAAAGGUGUUUGACCUGUUAGCUGACAAGGCUAAGCUUCGCGUGCUGGAAGACGGUAAGCAGCAAGUGCAAAUUGUUGGAUUGACGGAAAAAGUUGUGGACAAUGUAGAUGAAGUGCUGAAGCUAAUUCAACACGGAAACGCCGCGAGGACCUCAGGCCAGACAUCGGCUAACUCGAAUUCAUCGCGGUCGCACGCCGUGUUUCAAAUAAUAGUGCGAUCGCCCGGAAUGCACCGAGUACAUGGAAAAUUUUCGCUCAUCGACCUCGCGGGAAACGAACGAGGAGCCGAUACAUCGUCCGCGAACCGACAGACACGUAUGGAGAGUGCGGAGAUCAACAAAUCCUUGCUAGCUUUGAAGGAGUGUAUCCGGGCGCUUGGUAUGAAAGGCAACAACCAUCUUCCAUUCCGUGUCUCUAAGCUCACUCAGGUGCUGCGCGAUAGUUUUAUCGGCGAUAAGUCUCGCACCUGCAUGAUUGCGAUGAUCUCGCCCGCCAUGUCCUCUUGCGAGCAUUCGCUUAACACCCUGAGAUAUGCUGACAGGGUUAAAGAACUGGGUACGUCAGACGGUCCUCGGCGCGGGGAAUCACCGUUGGCCGAUGUCGAAAUGGAACCAGAACACGAUGAUCUUGCGCACCUUCGAUCACUCAACGAGGGAGACAUGUCCGCGGAGAUGUACACGUUCCACGAGGCGAUAGACGAGCUUCAGCGGGCUGAAGAGGAAGUGCUUGACAACCACAAGGCGAUCUCGGAUUACAUGCAACACGCGCUACAGCGCUGCAACCAGCUGCUCUCCAUAACGAGGGACGUGGACUAUGACCAGGACGUGUACGCGACGCAGUGGGAGGAGCUGCUAAAUGAGCAGCUCGCCGUUUUGGCGCAGUCGCGCGAUCUAGUCGCCGAGUUUCGCGCCAAAAUGCAACAGGAAGAGCAUAUAUCGCGACACAUUCAACCGCCGCGCCACCAUUAG